CCUCAAGCCUCAACGCCUGCACGCCUGCUCGCACCUGGCAAACACUCUGCUUUAUUCUUAACUCUCAAACUUGCCCUUUGUGCUUUUCUCUGGAUGCUCGACGCGCCGCCCUAGCCACCUAACUGCAUGCCUACUCCGCUGCGUCACCCGUCGCCGCCUGCUGUGCCUUGUGCCGACCUGACCGACCGCUGACGCGACGACCGAACGCAAGCUCCCAGCCAGCCAGCCCGCCCUCGCGAUAAACACGCCUGCGGAAGCUGCACACGCACACGGAGAGGCUUUCCCCCCAGCACCUGCCAUGUUUUCCGAAUAUGCCUCCAAGUUCCUGUCGCAGUCGCAGUCGCGGCUGUCGCUCGGCGGCCAGUCCGAGUCUCCAUACAACCGCAACCCGUCCGACCGACAGCGCCCAUCGUCGCGCGCAGCCCAAGCCUACCUCCAGCGCCGCAACAUGCCCAACCCAUACAACUCGCAGGCCAUGUCCCGCUUUGCUUUUGCCUCACGCACCUCCAACGCGCCCGCGCCGCUCUUCUACUCGGCCACCGACGACUUCCGCGAAGAGGACCACCAUGUCGAGCACGACCGCGAAAUGGCCGACCACUACGCUCUGCAGCGGUCACGGCGGCAGUUUGGCGCAAGCAACCUCUCAGAGUCGUCCGAGGUAGACGACGACGACCUGGCACACCGAUCAGACCACACAAUAGAAGCCAACCCAACCGAGAAUGACGCGCCCGGGUACGGCCUGGGGCGCGGGAUUAAGAGCUCCUGGCGGGGAGAUAAGCCCGCGCGCGGGAGAUCGACUACCCUGACACGGCCAGAAGACGACCAGCGCGACCAGAGCGUGCCCCUGUCCGAGUCGACGGAUGCAGGCAGCAGGGGCAGGGGCAGACUGGUCGAUGUCGAGCUGGAGUCGACGGCCCGGAGUAGUCUGGAAGAAGUGGACAGGGACGAGCUAUUACAACACAAAGACAGCGAGCCACCAUCAUAUCAGCAGUUCCGCAACAUGACAAGACCAAAACGCGGCCGUAGUCCCCUCCGAACCACCCUGCCAAUCCCUCAGGAAACUGAUGAAGACGUGCUGCUCGAAAACCCGCGCCCGAUAAGCCCUGAUCGCCAGACGGUGCCUGACGUGGUGCCUGAGAACUCCAUCGUGCCCCCACGCCAUAACUUCUUCUGGGCAGAGCUCUUCGUCAUUGUCCAGUGCGCCAUCAUCGGAGUCUACAUCAUCUCCCUGCUGCAGGAGUCACCGCCAAACAAGAAGAACCCGCUGGGUGACACAAUCUACACCGUUCUGCGUUCUUCCUUCCACCUCAUCGGUGUUUACUCGCUCGUUUCCAUCGUCGUUGGGUUACUAUGGCUAUCUCUGCUACGGUCGUUUGCCCGGCCGUUGGUCAUGCUGAUCUUGGUGGCAGUACCCGUCAUCUCCUUCUCGUUCUUCGUAUACCCGUUCGUGUCAAGCUUCAAAGGCUCCUGGCAUGGUGACAGCAUGCAAGACCGAGCAAUGCGCUGGCUCUCCAUCGGGCCACUGUGUUUCGUCGUCUUCUGGAUCUACACCACCUUCAAAUCGCGCCACUCGCUGAAGAAAGCCACCGACAUGCUUGAGUUCUCGGGCGAGAUCCUCAGAGCACAGUCGCCUCUACUCCUGGUCGGCAUCGCCACACUAGCCUGCGUGAUCCUCUGGUCCUGGAUCUGGAUACUCAUGUUCACGCGCCUCUUCCUCGGCGGCCACUUCACCAGCAACAAAUCCCGCUGGGUCGUCGACGUCAGCACAUGGUGGCUCGGCGCAGCCUUCUUCCUCGACUACUUCUGGGCGCUCGGCGUCAUCGCCGGCGUCCAGCGCGCCACCACCGCAGCCACAGUCUCACAAUGGUACUUCCACCGCAACACGACCCCCGCGCCACCAGCCUGGACCGUCGUCCACGCCUCCCUCAACCACGCAACCUACACAAUGGCAGGCACAAUCUGCAUGUCGACCCUCAUCUCGCUCGCCGUCCGCCUCCCCCUCAUCAUCCUCCCCCGCCGCAUCGCAGGCCUAGUCAGCAUGUGCGCUUACUCCCUCGUCCCCACCCCAAUCGCCGCUCUCACAAACCCCCUCACCCUAACUUUCGCCUCCAUCCACGGCGUGCCCCUCAACCAAGCUGCCCGCGGCCUCGCUCAAAUGAACUUCAUCUCCGCCGCCUCCCCCACUACUACCCUCGGCCCCAACGCCUUCGCAAACAACGCAAAACCCUCCAUCGUCUCGUACCGCCUGGCCAAACUCCUCCUCCACGCUAUCCGCUGGGUCAUCACGCUGUCGCUUGGCUUCGGCGGCUGGGUCAGCACCGCGCGCAUGCUGCAGCUUGGGGGGGAGACGGUGCCGUAUAAGGGGAGUUUGUACGCGUAUGUUGUUGGGCUGAUCAGUGCGGCGAUUGGGUGGGGUGCGCUGGGCGCUAUGGAGGGUGUACUGGGGGGCAUUCUUGAUGCUGUGUUGGUUUGCUGGGGGAGUGAGGCGGGGAGGGAUGGCGAGGGUGAGGCCAGGUAUUGUGUUGAUGCUGGGAGGCUGUUUGGGAAUGAGGUCCCUGGGCUGGGGAGGGGGAGGUUCGAGGUCUGA